AUGGGUCAGCAGCAAUCUGCAUCCCGCCGUCAUCCACUGACGUCGCGUCAGUUGGCGGAAUCAGGAAACAAUGUGUCCAAGGCGGUGCGGCAGCACGUACUGCAGGGCGCAGCGACUGCCGGCAACCAGCCAGACUCGUUGAAUGAAAGUUCCAGGUCGUCCGCAGCAGUUGCAGCGGAGGAUCCUUUUUCCGCAAGCGGUGGGUUGAUCGGGGGAGAGAGGUCGGCGGGGGAUGAGAGCGCGCGUGGAAUGUCGGAGAUGUGCGGAAUGUCGGUGCUGGAGGCGGUGGAGGGGCUGUCGGAGGCGGAGCUGCUCGAAUGCUCCAAGUGCGGCAACGAGCGGGAGGACUGGACGCGACGGCAUCGCCUGAGAGCCAUCUUUGAAGCCCUAGGCAUGCACGAGCCGUCCUCUGCGUCUCUCGCGCCCAUCGCGCCCGCUUCCUCCUUGUCUUUCCCCGCUCCGCCUGCUCCGCUCAGCCCUCUGAUUUCCCCCACUCCCUCCGCGACGCCGCCAGUUCCCCCCCGGCGUCCGCCAGUGGGCAGUAACCGCCUGUCUCCCGCCAAUGCUUCGGCCCUCCCGCCCCUGUCCCCCACGUUCGGGACAAACCUGGACGCUCGUCCGCGCUCGUUCGGCAGCGCGGAGGCCCACGGGAAGGCGCACUUCACCCCGCACUCCGCGGGCUCAAUUUCCCGCGCGCUCGAGGAGAACGCGCAGGGCGCUAUAGACCAGGGGGAAGCCGAUGGCGGGCUGGCGGAAUGCGCAGAUGAGGACGCGGGCGGGGGAGUGAGGAUGGCAGUGGGGGAGGCAGCGGAAUCGCGGUCGGGAUACAAGCUGUGGGGGCGCAAGGGCGGCAGCAGCCGCAACACAGACGCGCUCGCGCUCGCUUCCCUCUCCGCCGCUGCAGCCGCCAGCGGAGGGAGCGGUGGCGGCGCUGCAAUCGCUGGCGGCGGGUUGAGUGGGGCGGGCGGGGGAGGCAUGCGGCCGCCGCCGUUGCGGCGCACUGUCACCGCCACCGCCGCAAUGACCUCCUCCCUGCUCUCCGCCGCCGCCGCUGCCUUCGCGUCCCCCGCGCACGACCUCCGCCCCGCGCAGUCCUCCUCGUCGGGAUCCAUUCCGCUCAACCCCGUCGCGCGCACGCGUGCAGCCAGUAACGACUCUGCUACCACGUCAGCAGAGAGCGCAGGAGCUAUCCCGCCUUCCCGCUCGCCCGUUCGCUCCGCGGACAAGCCCGCCUCGGGGCCGCUCAAGGCGGCGCUGUCCAGUUCCGCAGGCGACGCGGGAGAUGUCCGCCCGCCCCUAGGCGCGCAGCGGUUCGCGCUGGGCUUUUCCAUCCCGCGCACCCACUCCGCUUCCCGCGCCCCGGCCUCUGGUGUUCCGUCGUCCACCCCGCCGCCUCCAUUACCCGCGUCAGCAUCGCUGUCAGCCACGUCAGCAGCUGGGGGCACGAGCCUCCACAGGGGCUUGUCCGGGAGGUUGAAGGGCGCGCUAGGCGGGCUCGGGGGCCUGAGGCGCGCGCGGUCGGAUGCGGCGCAGCUGGCGGAAAUGAUGGCAGUGAGCGGGGACCUCGUAGGGGGAAGCAGGGACGGGGGAGCGGAUGGGGGUGCCGCCGUCGGGGGGCUGGGGGAGAUUGAGCUUGGGCUGGGCGGGCGGAGACGGCGAGGGCGGAAGAAGAGCUUGGGGCAGGUGGGGCGGAGCGUGAGUGUGCAUGCGGGGGAGCAGAGCCCGUUCGGGGCGGGGCAAGGCGAGUACGGGAGUGAGGGGGGGCGGAGUGCGCACAGCAGCGGCAGCAGCCAGCAAGGCCAGGCGCUUGCGGGGACCAUUUCAGGCUGCCCCAUGGGGAUGGGCGCGGCUGCGGCAGCGGCAGCAGCAACAGCAGCAGCACGGGAGGGCGGCAGCGGACGGCGCCCCAUGCCACGGUCGCGCAGCUACGAGACGGUGGCGCACGUAGAGUCCGACGGCGCGCGGGCGGGCGGAGGCGCUUGGGCGGGCCAGGGGGGCGAGCGGGGGGAAGGAAGUAAGGGGAGUCCGGGGAGAAGCAGUGGAGGGAGCGCGGGCCUGGAGGCGGGCAGGGGGGAAGCGGAGAGGGAGGAGGCGGGGCGGGGGGAGGUGUCAAUGGAUGGCAAGAUGCUGAGAGCCAUCACGACGGCUCAGAUGCUGCUGCAGUCCGACCAGGUGACUCACAGCCCACUGCUGCUCGCCAUGCCCAUGCCCAUCCCAUCCUACACGCCCCCUCAUGUCCACCACCCACUGUCUGCUAACCAACCAACCUGCUGCUUUUGCCUCUUCCCCCUCCCUCCUCUCUCUCUCCCCCCUCCCUCCCCCGACCCGCGCGGCUGUGGCACGGGCGAGCAGUCAGCGGGGGCGGGGAGGGUGUUUGAGCAUCUGCUGGGCGCGCUGCUGGACAUGACAUCGUCCAAGUUCGGGCUCAUCGGCUCCGUGCUCUUCCAGGCCAACGGCGCUCCCUACCUCAAGUCGCAUGCAGCAUCGAACAUAGCAUGGACGGAGGAGCUGCAGGCAUGGUACCGGGACAACUCGCACCGCGGGCUCGUGUUCACCAACACGUCCAACCUGCUGGGCGCCACACUGCUCUCCUCCGCGCCCGUCAUCUCCAACCGCCCCGCCCUCGAUCCCCGCUCUGGCGGCGUGCCCCCGGGCCACCCGCCACUCUCCGCCUUCCUUGGCGUGCCCCUCAUCGUCGGUUCCGAGAUGAUCGGCAUGUACGCGCUGGCCAACAGGGCGGGCGGGUACAGCCGCGCGUUGCUGCAGGAGCUGGAGCCGCUGACAGCCAGUGUGGCCGUCAUGCUGCAGGCCGUGCAAGAGAGGAAGCGCAAGCGCGAUGCUGAGCUGCGCCUGCUCUCCGUCCUCCAGGUUCCCCCUCUCACCCCUCCUCCCCCGCCUCUACCCGCUCGUUCUCGUCUCUUCCUUGUGCUCAUGGCGUUCUCUCACUCCCUUCCCAGUAACACGUCUUUCCAUCUUCCCCCAUCCUUUAUUGUUUCUCCCCGCAUGCUCGUCUUCGUGCCACGCCCGCUCCUCUCCCUCUUCAUCUACCACCUUCCACCUGCUCAUAACCACCCGAACCCCUUCCCUUCCCGAAUCCCUCCGUCUUCCACCCUUAACCACCCUUCCCCCCUCCUGCUGCACGUGCCAGCACUGGCAGCCUCGUCGGCAGCAACAUCGGCAGCACCGUCAUCAGGGCUGUCGUUCCCUCCACCAUUAUCGCCUUCGUCGGCACCACUUGUUGCACCCGCGUUUGGGCGAUCGUUAGCACCCUCAUUAUCAGCAAGAGCAGCAGCAAGAGCAGCACCACCACCAGCCCCAGCAGCAGCAGCAGCAGCAGCAGCAGCAGCAGCAGUAUCAGCAGCAUCAGCAGCAGCAGCAGUAUCAGCAGCAUCAGCAGCAGCAGCAGUAUCAGCAGCAUCAGCAGCAUCAGCAGCAUCAGCAGCAGCAGCAGCAUCAGCAGCGGCGCCAGCAUUAGUGGCGAUGCCGCUAUCAGCAGUGCCCAAAUCACCACCAACCUCUGGGUUCUUGUCACCGAUAGGAACGCCCCCACAAUUCAGGCCCACAAUCAGCAGCGCAUCUCAGGGCCCCCACAGGGAUGGAGGCGGAGCAGGCAGGCUGGGAGGUGGGGUUGGCGAAGCGGCAGAAGUGUGGGAGAACAGACGCGAGCGGGGAGGGGCUGAGCUGAGUAGCAGUCCCUUGGAAGGCUUUCAUGGGCAGCAGCAGCCGUACCAGCAGUACCAGCAGCAGCAGCAGUAUCAUCAGCAUCAGCAACAGCAGCAGCAGCAGCAACCACAGCAGGAGUUGCCGGGGCAGUGGGCGGAGGGGCAGGUUCUGUUUCGCAAGUUUGGGGAGGAGGGCAGCAGCACGCGCGGCAGCAGCAGGCGGCGCAGCACGGGGCUCAUGCGCUUCCGGUCGCUGGACAGCGCCAAGCAGCAGUCCAACUUCCACAACUAUGUCGCCUCCCUCAACAGCUAA